AUGGGUCGGCCAUCGGCGGCGCCCAAUAGGAGUCCUGUAACCGAAGCUGUGCCAAAGUCAAAGGAUCACAAGAGAACAGGCAUCGAUCGCCAAGCUGGCAGGCGUGUGUCUUCCCCGCUGGACAAUUUGAGAUCGUCGUUGGACUUUUCUCCACCUGCCGGCUGCCCUUCCAUCGGAUCCGGCCGAUGGGGUUGUUGGACCUCGGGUCAACAGCCAGUCGGGAGUCACUGGGCCGCCAAGACACCCCCAGAAGCCUCAUUGAAUUUGGCGAUCAUGUUUGUCAAUCAUCCCAAAUCCGUGACAGCGAAGCUUAGGCAAUUGCAGCCCACGUCUGGCUUGGCCAACGCAAUCUGCAUUGAGAUCUGCGAACGGCACGGAUACGAUGCCCUGUUCAAACAAGUUCCGACUAGCGUGCAUGCCAAUCGCCAGCUCAGGGCUGUUAUUGGUGCUCUGAUAACAAUUCCGCCUAACGGGAUAAGGAAUCCUCCGUCCUGUGCAAAGGGCGAUACGGGAUCGUCAACGGACGGCAUGGGUUAUAGAUCUCUGAGUCAAGUGUGUUGUGCUGGCAGGUUUGAUGCCAAGAGUACGUUCCUGGACCAAAGGAAGUGGGGUAAACGGGGAAGGAAGAUAGAGUAUAGAGUUGGUCAUGGGACUGCACGCGACCGAUGGCAUUGCGUCGCGGUCAUUGCUUUGCAGCAGUUCAUGUGCCAGGAGGCUCAAUAUCAGUGA